AUGCGAGGGUUCAGGAAUGAGAUUGAGAAGGCUGUGAGGCCUUUGGGAAUCAGGGUCUACCAACAGCUAGUGGAGAAGGCCCGUGAAGUCGAGGCUAUGGAAAACAGGCAGAGAGGCCGCCCAGAGAACGGAGGAUCAGUACGCCCGGGACAGAAUCAACCGGGAAGAUUCAAUGGACAGAGACCAGUGGGGAAGUUCGAUAAGGGCAAGGCGCCAAUGAGAAAGCCUUACCAACGCCCAGCUGCCCAAGUGCCAAAUGUUGUGAGGGGAGCAACCCCUGUUUCAAAGGAAGAUGUGACCUGCUACAAGUGCAAUGAGAAAGGACACUAUGCUAAUGAAUGUGGCAAGGAGAUUGUAUGCUGGAGAUGCCGAAAACCAGGACAUGUGGAGAGAAAUUGCCCGAGUGCUGCUAAAGCUGAGCCAGUGCUGAAUACCGCCAGAGGGAGACGACCAUCUGCUCCAGGUCGUGUCUUUGCUAUUUCUGGCGAACAGGCCGCUGUUACUGAUGACCUUAUCUAG